UCCCGGGGUUCAGAGAAGGCUGCAGCCGCACAGUGCUGCUACUGCUGCUGCACAUGAUAACACGGGACAAGUUUCUCCCCCUGAAUGACGCCUCGGAUUAUUCCUGUGUUUUAUUUUAUCUCCUUCAGAGGCAACAGAGGAGACAGCUGAGAAACUUUGACAAGGAGAAACUAACAUGUGCCUGGAGGCUGUUUUCAUGUUGCUGAGGGAAUAAACGUGACUAGUAAACUAGUAAAAAUAAACUAGUGGAUUUUACGCACCGGGCUCCGGACGCACAGACUUUAAACACUGAUAUAUGAUUUUUGUUUUGCUUUUUUUUUUAUUUUUAGCUUUUAGUCUUUUCUUCAAAUAGCGUGAUGCGACUUUUAGAGGCGUUUGCAGCCCGUCGGGAACAAGCAGGGCUGGUGAAAAUGUUACAAGGUCGUUAAAUUUAUUGGAACGUGACCACCGGAGAUGAACUUUCUCCGUGAUGAUUGCGGAGCUCUGGUGAAUGAUUGACAGCAGAGACUCGGCCUGACGCUCUUUGGACUAACUGGAUCCACCUACAGGAGUUUAACUGGUUUAGUUUUAAUCAUUAAGAGGCUGGAAGGAGCAGAAUGAACCUCUGGACCUGAUGCAUGCAGCAGGAGAAGAAAGUUUUUAAGGUUUCCGAGAUGAAGUCAUAAAUUAAAGAAGCUGUUUCACCCUCCUCUGUUUUAUUUUUAUUGUUUUAAUGACUCUAAUGUUUCUAAAACAUUUGAUUUUCUAUAUGGCAUCUUUGGUGAGGCACGCGCCCUGCAGCCCGCGGCCCCUCGUGCUGCUGCUGCUGCUGUUCCGGUGUCCUGGUCUCACGUCAGGAGCCUCCAAGGACCUGGUGUGUGAGCCCAUAACUGUGCCCAUGUGCAGGGGCAUCGGCUACAACCUGACCUACAUGCCCAAUCAGUUCAACCACGACACCCAGGAGGAGGUGGGGCUGGAGGUGCACCAGUUCUGGCCCCUGGUCCGGAUCCGCUGCUCACCAGACCUGCUCUUCUUCCUGUGCAGCAUGUACACCCCCAUCUGCCUGCCGGACUACCGCAAGCCUCUGCCGCCCUGCAGGUCCGUGUGUGAACGGGCCAAGCGAGGCUGCUCCCCUCUGAUGAGCCAGUAUGGCUUCGAGUGGCCCGAGAGGAUGAGCUGCGAACAGCUGCCACAGCUGGGCGACGAGGUCUUGUGCAUGGACCAGAACAGCAGCGAGACUACCACCCUGGCUCCACCUUUCCCCAAGCCCACCCCUAAAGGCCGGACCAGACCGCCAAGCCCUCUGCAGUGUGACAGGGAGUGUCGCUGUCGAGACCCCCUGGUCCCCAUCAAGAGGGAGUCCCACACCCUGUACGGCCAGGUCCAGACCGGCCCCCUACCCAACUGCGCCCAGCCCUGCCACCAACCCUACUUCUCAGCAGACGAACGUGCCUUCACCAGCUUCUGGGUGGGACUCUGGUCGGUGCUGUGCUUCAUCUCCACCUUCACCACCGUCGCCACCUUCCUCAUUGACAUGGAGCGCUUCAAGUACCCAGAGAGGCCCAUCAUCUUCCUGGCUGCGUGCUACCUCUUUGUGUCUUUGGGUUACAUCAUCCGCCUGGUGGCAGGUCAUGAGCGGGUGGCGUGUGGUGCCAGCGGCAGUGUCAGUGGCGACCAGCUGCACAUCCUCUACGACACCACAGGCCCCGCUCUCUGCACCCUCGUCUUCUUGUUGGUGUAUUUCUUCGGCAUGGCCAGCUCCAUCUGGUGGGUGGUGCUGUCCUUCACCUGGUUCCUGGCUGCAGGGAUGAAGUGGGGCAGCGAGGCCAUCGCAGGAUACUCGCAGUACUUCCACCUCGCCGCCUGGCUCAUCCCCAGCGUCAAGUCCAUUGUCGUCCUGGCUCUCAGCUCUGUGGACGGGGACCCUGUGGCUGGAAUCUGCUAUGUUGGGAACCAGAGUCUGGAGAACCUGAGGGGAUUCGUACUCGCACCUUUGGUGGUUUACCUCUUCACUGGCUCACUGUUCUUACUCGCCGGUUUCGUUUCCCUCUUCCGCAUCAGGAGCAUCAUCAAGCAGGGCGGCACCAAGACGGACAAACUGGAGAGGCUGAUGAUCCGCAUCGGGCUCUUCACGGUGCUCUACACCGUCCCCGCCACCAUCGUGGUGGCCUGCCUGGUCUACGAGCAGCACUACCGGCCCGGCUGGGAGCGAGCGUUAGCCUGCACCUGCCCGUCCGAGCGCCAGCGCCUGGGCCCGGACUACGCCGUCUUCAUGCUCAAGUACUUCAUGUGCUUAGUGGUGGGCAUCACCUCAGGAGUUUGGAUUUGGUCAGGGAAAACUCUGGAGUCCUGGAGGAGGUUUGUGGGGCGAUGCUGCCCCUGCUGGCCGCAGAAGGCCACUGCUCCUCCCUCCAUGUACAGUGAGGCCAGUAGUGCUUUAACUGGACAUACUGGGACUGGGCUGACAUCAGGGAUCUACCACAAAGCUGCUCCGUCACAUAUAUGAACAGAGUAAGGAGGUGUGAUGUUCGCACAGUCUGGACACUCGUAAAUAAAUUGUCCAAACAGAAACUGAGUGUGGACGAACAUCUGUGUGCUCUGAAUUUCAGCUCUCACAAAAACUAGAUGAAGAUUCAGAGCGUAAAAAGGGAAAAAUAAAAAGGUAAUAGGAAUUUAAACGAGAGAAAAUCCAACACAGCAUAUUUAAGAGUCUGACUUUUCUGACUCCAACAGUUGCUUUUCUACGAGGUCGAGCAGACGAGAAAACAACCUUAAAAAAACAGUUACACACACGCUUCUUCCUACCUGCUUCUCCUGAGCACUGAGAGACAAACAUAUUUAUUAAUGUACAUAUUGUAUAAAUGUGCUGUAAAGAAAAUUAGGUGUAUAGUGUGAUAUGUUUAGUUUGUAACCAACCAAUGCCACUGCCACAAGCUAAGUUCAAGACACCAGAGAAACAAAUCUGGUCCGAUUUGAAACUGUAUAAACGUGUACAUAGAUGUGCUGUUUGAUGUCAGUGUUUGAAUGUGAUGUCUGGUGUGUGAUUUCAAAGUGAAACUGUGCUGAGAGGGAUCCAAACAAAAAAGGAAUUCAGUCUUUAUGCUGAUACUGUUCUGACCUGUGAGCUCCGUUAUUGGUUUCUACUUUAAGUUUGUUUCUGAGCGUGUUCUGUUCAUGAUGUGUGAACUAAGCAGCUCUGAUUAGGUUAAAGCCGCAGGAUGGAUCUGAGCCUGGCCUUUACCCCCACCUGCUGGCUGAUGGUGGAGCUGCUCACUGUAUGUUCCCACAUCAUGAACUCCCUUCGACUAGAUCCAUAUUAGACCACAGACCCUAAG